AUGCAGAGCCACAUCUACGAACUAGGCCUGCUUGGUGGGCGAUGCUCCGACAUCCGCAUCAAAGCAUUUGGUCGUCUCUACCACCUGCAUCGUCUCGUCCUCAUCCAGUCCGGCUUCUUCCGUGCCAUGCUCUGCGGCGGAUACGCAGAAGAUCUCGCCGCCGCUUCCGCCGCGGCUACGCUCAGCAAACACAACAGCCAUCGUGAAACACAAACUUCCUUUUCACCCCUGCAUACAACCUCGUCAACGUCCCUCAACAAUGACGUAGUGGAGUUACACUUUGACGAUCCUAACAUUAGCAGAGCCGCCUUUGAAUACUGCAUAGCAAGACUGUAUGGCGACGGUCCCAAAUUGGUCCUGCCUUUUUGGUCUUCUCCAACCUCUGAGCAUCCAUUUUCUCUGGCUCUCGCUAUGCGCCUGUCUCCGCCAACGGAUACGAAGAUGCAAACCCUUCUGAUCGACAAGCGUUCCCAUCCAGCUACGCCUCGGUUCUUGCUUUCGCUGCUCGCAACGUCUAUCUACCUCAACAUUCCCAGCGUCACCGCUCAGGCGCUCACUCUUGUGCUUUGCUCAAUGACACCGUUCACAGUGACACAAUACCUGCGCUUCGCGAUUGGUUGUGGGAUAGAGGGCACAGACCUACAUCGAUCUGCGUCGGACGAAAUGCUGCACGAUCUGGAGGAGUGGGACUGGGAGCUAGAGGGUCCAGCACGAACGCUCGAACAGAUCGCACGUCUCGAUCCGGAACUCGGCACGUCCACGCGCUCACGGCCAUCGAACGACCAGACACCCGGUCACAAGGCAGAAGCCUCGGACCAAUUCUCGACAGAAUUCUUUGGCAAGCUUCACGUUGCCUCUCCCUCCGCAUCGCGCGAGACUUCACAGAGUCGAUCUGGACAAGCGACUCGUACACCCUGGUUGGAUACUCGAUCGCAGGCAACAAGUCUAGACGAUAAGCGCGGCGCGAGAAAGACGGCCGGGUUCAGCGAAGUCGAGCCUGCAGGAUCGGCCAUGCGUGCUGUAGAAAGUGUCGCACCCGAAUAUCAGUACGGCAUCACAGCAGACAAGAUCGGCGAAGCCUGCGUUUGCUGGUUCGCACGAUGGGGUCUAGACAUCUUCGAGCUCGAAUGUUCCACGGAGCGCGAACGUAUCAUCGAAAUCGAGACGUGGAUCAGUAUGUGUAGAGAGGAUCGUGACGUAGCACGUCUAGCGCUGCUGCGCGAUCGCCUGCACACUGGUGACGUUGACCUCUUGCACACAUCGAUGCUCCCUCGAGGUCGUAUGCCGGAUGCAGAAGAGCGGAUGCCUUCGCCGCGGCUGCGCGUCUGGUCGUAUCCGUCGAUGCCGAGCGCGUGGGUGCGAGCCAUCAUUUCUUCCGACGGCUUCUUUGUGACUUCUGAGCUGCAGAGGUACGAAUUCGCGAAGAAGGUGGUCGAAUUCAGGCGCAAGCAAAAGGCGCUGAUCAAUGUCCUCGAUCGUCUCAUCGACGGUUGGAUGCACGAGGAUGAAGCGAAAGAUGUGCAAAGACAUGCGAGCGCGUCGGAGUCGAGCAAGCAGAUGGGAGCCGCACCAAAGACUUCGAGUUCGAGCGCGGCUUCGUCCGAUGCAGGAGACGGUUUUGGCUUCAAAGCUUUCCGCAGGACCACCUCGUCAGUAGAUGGAGGCGAUGACGCGGACCCAACUCGCACGCCUCUGCAAGAGGCUUGGGAUGAUGGGGUCGAGUCCACCACCUUUUCCGGAUCCAUGGAUGAGGAUGAAACAGAGUACGAGGAGCUCUUCACCUCCGGCAUUUACUAUUCGCACAUGCCGUUUCAAGCGCUCAACCAGAUCAGCACGGAUGUCUCACCAACCACAGGUCGUUCCUACACGCCUCUGAACGUCCUGCAGGCUGCUUUGUGGGUGAGCAACGAGCUCAAGACGCACAUCCUGUCCAGCGCAACUCCCAUUCGUCAAGGCACGACUCCGACACCGCAUCACGACGCCGACACGGCGAGCGAAGUUGCCUCGUACGAGUCCAGCGAUCCGUCGGCGCAAGACAGGGACGGUGCCACCGAGUUGGGCGUCUCGAGUUCCAUCACUCAAUUCCGAGAAGCGUUCGAAUCGAGCAUCAACAACGCUGGCAGCUCCCAGCGCCGCUUUUCUCGGAGCCGAUCGGGGACGCCUGGCUACUUUGGGGACGAUUCCGAUCCCACGUUGGGUCUCGGAUCGACGCCCGGGCUUGGAGGUCUUGGCACCAGCCCAUUGAUGCUCGGAGCCUUGGGUGGCGGCAAAGAAGGCCUCCUGAGCAAGAAAUUUUAUCUUGUACCAUCAGACGACACCGUUCGCUUUGGUGAUGGGCUUACCUCGGUGAUCGGGUCGGUCGCAUCCAGCGUCUCCGGUGCGUCACGAGCUGCAGGCUCGGACGACGAGCGAGCACAAAUCCCUGCUGCCUUUGUCGAUGAUCAUCUCGGUCCCUCAGGCAUCGCAGCGAUUCAAAUUCCUCAUACCUUGCCGAUCCAGACAGUGAUGCAUCAUGACCCUGCGAACGCCUCGAGCCAAAGGCGCGAUCGGUCUCGCUACUACGGCAUCGCCAACGACGUCGCCACCGGCCGCGAGCUCGGGGAGUAUGCGUAUCGGAACAUGUCCCCGACCCCUGACACAUCUCCUCAUGGAGCUAAAAGCUCGAUGCAGUCGCGUCCAUUCGAGGAGAAUGACGAUCGAAGGCCGAUCACGGGCGAGUCUGAUACGAACUCUCAUAGCCCGAGCCAAGAGGCAGACGGAGCAGAUGCCGAAUCGAUCGACUCAACAGGAGCUUCGCCUGAGCAAUGGAGCGGCUAUGAACCCAUGCGAGUGGGCGUCGAGUUUUUCGGCAUCGACAAGCUGCAAGAAAAGCAGCGACUUUACUCGCCGACCUUCUUUUAUGCUGGAAGCUGCUGGAACCUCUACAUUCAAGUGGUGAAAAAGGUCAAAGGCGUUCAACUCGGAAUCUAUCUGCACAGACAGAGCUUGCAGGAGCCGCUGCCGCCUCCGUCAGCCCCAGCGCCGGUCGAAGGUGAGGCGGUGCACGGCCUGACACCCGAGGCGAGCUGGCCGCGCAGUUCGCCGGGUGCAAGAGCGACUUUGCAGCGUGAUCUAACUAAUGGGUCGGCUACGCCGCGCGGCUCUGGAGGCGGGUUCAGCUGGCGAGCUGAAAGAGCUGCUCAGCCAUCGUCUGCAUUGCGCAGCUCUGUGCUUGCAGCGACUGCCGGCGAUGAUAUCGUCGGAGGUGAUACGAACGGAUCCUUCUUUGACACCAGCUUGACGUCCCCUGUUCGCGCCGGAGGUCACGGGAAUGAGACGGGAUCUGGAAGCACGAUGACGCUGCCAAGCGGCAGGAGCAUCACGCGAAUGGGUGGGUACGCCGGAGGAUCCCCCAUGCGUGGUGGUGGCAAUCGUCACGAUGUCUUCUCGUCCACAAAUCAAUCCGAGCUCAGCACGCAGGCGGAAGGCUCUGAGAACACCAUGACAUCGCUGCCAGCGCUUUCCACCCUCGCCGACCUAUCUCUCACCCAAAACUACGUCCCCAACUCCACCUCUUCCCGCAACACCCAAAGCAGCUCAAUGACGGCAAGCACCAACCCGAUCAUCCAACUCUACCCGUCCGGACCCUCCGUCUACACGACUUGUCCCGUCCCACCUAUCCCCUACCGGGAUCCACGGAAAGAGUUGCGUGCCUACUUCUCGAUCCACUGCCCGUCCCCACUGGGAACGGCCCUGACGAAAUUCUCUUCCGGACCGGACAAGUUUACGAUCAGUCAAAGUUGGGGUUGGAAGUCGAGCAGUCUGUUGGGAACAGUGUACUUGGAAGAUGGCGAUCUGGAUAAGGGUAAGAGUGGAUUGUGGUAUAGGUUCAGAUGCGUUUGCUCUAUCGGUUUGGUGUAG